AUGGCACCGGACUGGAAAUUGCUAUACCUCUAUGGAGGCGACAGUCCCUGGGAUUCCAGUCUCUGGACUGAUUCUGAUGACCGAGUCCGCGGCGGAAAGAGCCAGUCUCACAUGCACUGCGAAUCGCCGGAGAAAGCUCGGUUUUUUGGUCACCUAGACAUCACCACCCUCGGAGCAGCUGGAUUCGCGUCUCAGAGGACUCUUGGUACACUCCAUCUGGAUUUGAGGCAGUAUGAUGGUUUCGUCAUCAGAAUCCUUGAGAGCGACUCCAAAAAGUACACUCUUACUGUCAAAGACGAGAUUCUGCCUCCCAGGGACGAUGGCCGCGAUCAGAGCACAAUCAGCUGGGAGUACGACUUCGUCUGUGAUACUGGCGACGUGAAAAUCCUCUGGAGCGACUUCAAACCCACAUACAGGGGCAAACCCAAGCUUGACGCCAAGCCGCUGGACUUAUCCAGUAUUAAGAGAAUCAGUUUCAUGAUGCGAAGCUUUUUUGGAGAGCAGGAGGGAGAUUUCACCCUGACUGUUGCACAUCUCGCCGCCGUUAGCGACAGACCCACGUCACCAGGAUCAGAGCUAUCAUUCGAAAAGGACCAUGCCGCCGUGCGUGCUGCUGCGCGUCCUCCCGGGGCCCAAUCGUCGUGGCUUAGCUGGAUUUGUGGAUGGGGUAAAUGA